UUUGACAGUGAAUCCCAGUUGUAAAAUUAAUUAUUUCUCUGUGCCUAGAAUGCCACCUACUUCAUUACAGCUGCCAGAAACGCCAGCGCUUCCACAACCAAUCUCAAGGACGUUUUGUCAGACCUCAUCCCUAAAGAACAGAGCAGGAUCAAGAACUUUAAGCAGCAAUAUGGCAAAACAAACAUCGGACAGAUUACUGUGGACAUGGUGUAUGGCGGUAUGAGGGGAAUGAAGGGUCUGGUUUAUGAGACCUCUGUGUUGGAUCCUGAUGAGGGCAUUCGCUUCCGAGGCUAUAGCAUCCCAGAGUGUCAGACGUUGUUGCCCAAAGCGGAAGGGGGUGAAGAGCCGCUGCCCGAGGGCCUCUUCUGGCUGCUGGUCACGGGACAGGUGCCCACAGAGGAGCAGGUGAACUGGGUGUCCAAAGAGUGGGCUAAGAGAGCAGCGCUUCCCUCGCACGUGGUCACCAUGUUGGACAACUUCCCGACCAAUCUGCACCCCAUGUCUCAAUUCAGCGCCGCCAUCACAGCCCUUAACAGCGAAAGCAGUUUCGCCCGCGCCUACUCCGAGGGUGUGCACAAGUCAAAGUACUGGGAGUAUGUCUACGAAGACUCCAUGGACUUGAUCGCCAAGCUGCCCUGCAUUGCGGCCAAGAUCUACCGCAACCUGUACCGAGAAGGGAGCAGCAUCGGAGCCAUCGACUCCAACUUGGACUGGUCUCACAAUUUCACCAACAUGCUGGGCUACACCGACGUCCAAUUCACUGAGCUCAUGAGACUCUACCUCACUAUCCACAGUGACCACGAAGGGGGCAAUGUCAGUGCCCACACCAGCCACUUGGUGGGCAGUGCCCUCUCAGACCCUUACUUGUCCUUUAGCGCCGCUAUGAACGGCCUGGCCGGUCCUCUUCACGGCCUCGCAAACCAGGAGGUGCUGGUGUGGUUGACAGCACUGCAGAAGGAGCUCGGAGGUGAGGUUUCAGAUGAAAGGAUGAGGGAUUACAUCUGGAACACGCUUAAAUCUGGAAGGGUGGUACCAGGCUACGGGCACGCCGUUCUGAGGAAGACUGACCCUCGUUACACCUGCCAGCGCGAGUUUGCCCUCAAGCACCUGCCCAAUGACCCCAUGUUUAAAAUGGUGGCCCAGCUCUACAAGAUUGUCCCUGAUGUGCUGCUGGAGCAGGGCAAGGCCAAGAACCCCUGGCCCAAUGUGGACGCCCACAGCGGCGUUCUGCUGCAGUACUACGGAAUGACCGAGAUGAACUACUACACGGUGCUGUUCGGCGUAUCACGGGCUCUAGGCGUUCUGGCCCAGCUGGUGUGGAGUCGAGCUCUGGGCUUCCCGCUGGAGCGCCCCAAAUCCAUGAGCACUGAUGGACUCAUGACUCUGGUGGGCUCCAAGUCUGGUUGA